AUGAAUAGAAAUAGCAGAAACACAACUUGUAGGAAGGUAACAAUGAAGAUGAAGAAAAGUGAUAAAGCAAUGGCUUUGAGACUUUUUUUUAAUAGCAGCAAUUGGACCGGUAUACUGGGAGCUGGCAAGAAAAGUAAUAUUCCAAUCGUGGCUCCCUCCGGCCAACAAUCAAACGGCCUCACCCGUAGAAAAUCAGCGCCGCCGGCCGCCUCCGUCCAGAAAUCGGGUCCUACCCGAAUAGUCUACAGGGAGUCUGUAAACUCGUCUUCCCGUUCUGAUCUGAACUCACCAUUUUGGCAGACUACUUGGUUUAUAUCGAUAUUGCUAGCAAUGGCAGUCUCAUUUUUCGCACUCGCAAUUUACCUUAUCCUCACGCUGGACUCUGAUUACUCAUCCACUCCUGUUUCCGCUGCUUCUGAAGGCGUUCAGAUUACAUAUGGAUCGGCGAUCAAAUUAAUGCAUGAGCGAACAAAGUUCCGGCUACAUUCACAUGAUGUGCCGUAUGGAUCUGGCAGCGGCCAACAGUCGGUUACUGGUUUCCCUAAUGUUGAUGACUCUAACAGUUACUGGAUUGUUAGGCCUACGCCAGACUCAUCUACAAAACAAGGAGAUGCAAUUAAAAGUGGAACUAUCAUUAGGCUGCAACACAUGAGGACAAGGAGAUGGCUGCAUAGCCACUUGCAUGCAUCCCCAAUAUCUGGCAACCUCGAGGUGAGUUGCUUUGGGGAUGACGGUAACUCUGACACUGGUGAUUAUUGGAGACUCGAGAUUGAGGGAAGUGGAAAGACUUGGAGGCAAGACCAAAGGGUGAGACUUUAUCAUGUAGACACCGGUGGAUACCUACACAGUCAUGACAAGAAAUACAGCCGUAUAGCUGGUGGACAGCAAGAGGUUUGUGGUGUUCGGGAAAAGCGUGCUGAUAAUGUUUGGUUGGCAGCAGAGGGUGUGUAUCUCCCUAUUUCUGGAAGCAAAUGA